GAUCAGAAAUGGCGUGGAAGAACCCUGGUUCCAGUUUGAUGACCAUUACGAUUUCGAUUUCCAAGAAACCCGGGUUUAUCCUGAAGAAAAGAAAAUUUUGCCAGGCGACAUCUUCAUACUUGAAUGCACCUUGGACUCCACAGCAAGGACAGGAGUGACAACAGGGGGCUGGGGCACAGAUGAUGAAAUGUGUCUGGCGUUUUUGUCCUAUUAUCCAAGGUCGGAUCUCAUGCGGUGUUUCACUUUCUUUGACUUUGACUUGAUGCAGGCCCAAAUGGGCUUUCCUGACCUGUUUGCUGAUGGAAACUCCCUCACCUGGAUGGUCGACCAGAACACUACCUGGAAAGAAUACCUAAAUAAUAAGUACGCCCCGUGGAGCCAGGAAACUGUUGACAUGUUCCAGCAAAUUGCCGCUCUGCAAAUAAGCCAGUCCUUUGGUUUCUGCCUCAAUGAGGGCAGUAACGUCAUUGAGGAUGCAGAAAGCAUUUCUGGAUACCCAGAUAUGCAGGAAUAUGAACCCCCACCAAGGGAUUGUCCAACGAAAAAAUCCCCGGGUUCUCAAGAGCAGUGCGAGGAAAUGUCAAAUUUAUAUUUUGUUUUCCUGGUGAUCGCUGUUACUGCUACUACAUCUCAUGCGUUGCCCGGGGCAUCCUCAAGCAGUGUUAAUCAUAAGAAUCGUGUAGAUGUCGCUGCUGUGAGACCAAAACAAGAUGACACGCAAUGGACACGACAUGCAGUCUUGGACAAAAUCAAAGAUGGCAAGAUCCACUUGUUUUGGAAUUAUGACAAGGAACAGCAAGAGCUUUUGUUUGAAGUUCAAGCACAGGUCACUGGUUGGGUUGGAGUGGGUUUCAGUCCUAAUGGUGGCAUGAGUGGAGCAGACAUUGUCACAUGUUGGGACAGACAUGCAAAUCAACCUGGUCUGCCUACACUGGAUGCAUCACAAGACUACACUUUGAUCUCAGCCACAGAAAAUGGGACCCAUACAAUUUGCAGAUUCUCAAGAAAGGUUGACACCUGUGACUUGGAUCAGGACUAUUUCAUCCAAUCUGACACAGUCAGAGUCAUUUAUGCUUUUGGAGAAACUGAUCCAGAAGGUGAUGAUCCAUUUUACCAUCAGGGAAACAGAGGAACUGCAUCCAUAUACCUUCUUGAUCCUCCACCAAGUAUAGUUUCUGUUUUAUUGGACUUCCUGGAAUAUCCCCUUGGUAGAGCAGCUGCUCCCAAGGAUGCUUUUAACUAUGUCCUGGCCCCCAACAGAUGUCAUCAGACCAAAGGAAAUGGGAGUUUUGGAGCUUGGGAUGUCAGUCACUCCAAUUCAGGAGAUCCUUCUCAACAAGGGAGACGAAUGAAGCUGAGGCUGGUCAGAAAUGGAAUUGAAGAACCCUGGUUCCAGUAUGACGACCACUAUGACUUUGAGUACCAGGAAUUUCGGGUUUUCCCAGAGGAGAAAAAGCUGAUCCCUGGAGACAUUCUCAUCCUGGAAUGUACCAUGGACUCCACGGGAAAGACUGGAGUGACAUCUGGUGGUUGGGGAACCGAUGAUGAGAUGUGUCUCGCGUUUUUGAACUACUAUCCCAAGUCAGAGCUUUUGAAAUGCUUCACCAUGUUUGAUUUUGACACGAUUCAAGCCGAACUCGGAUUCCCUGACUUGUACCCCAAUGGGAUAUUAAUUUUGUACCAGGUUACCCAGAGAUGCAAGAGUAUCAACCUCCUCCAAGAAAUUGUCCAGAACACAAGGUUGCCAAAAGAAAUUCAUGGAGAAAUGCUGAAAAUUUUGGGAGGAGCCAAAGAUGAAAUGGGUCAUGUCAGCUAGGGAUGAGCUCCAAAAAGUUUGUUUUCACAUUAUGUAUAUAUUCUGGAUAUUAUUUCAGGUCAAUAUUGAAGGAGUGCAGACAUGCAUUUUUCAAAUCACUGAUGAUCCCAUGUAAUGUCAAAAUGUAGAGAAAAAUGAAAAAAAUUCAUCACUUAUUUUUAAAAUAUGAGUUUUUCAUUCAUUUACUUCUUGUGCUUUGGUUUUAGUUGUUCAAUCACCAUUGUACUGUACAGUAUUUGUAUUUAUAGGCAUCCAGCAUUUUUGCUGCUGGGUUUUUGAAGUUUCUGUAUAUAGCAUUGAGUGCUUGUUGAAUGUGAACGCGCCCCAAUUGUAUUCUGCUGGAAAUCAAGAAUUGUGAAAUACAUUUGUUUUUGCUGAUCUAUUUUUCCCCAUUGAUACAAUAUAUCAUUAAGUAUGCAAAAUGUGCUACAUUUAUGGAAAUGAAUAAAGGAAGUAAAAUAUGUAACUGAUUAAAUGGGAAGAACAA